AUGCCGGGCCUAAUAUCAGUCAGCGAACGAGACUAUAUAGUCAAUGGAGUAGUAGCCAAUAUCCGAGCUGAUGGUCGCAAAAGACACGAAUUCCGUCCAAUUGUAUUAGAGACUGGAGUCAUUUCUCAAGCAUCUGGGUCAAGCAGAAUCAAACUAGACACUACUGACAUCCUAGUUGGAAUCAAAUUCGAGGUCGAGACAUUCGGAAGUCGCUCGGAUGACGAGGAUGCGUCUCAUGAAGAUGGUGUGGAAGCCAGUGCAGCUGCUACUCUAGAGGAAGAUCUACAGGAUGAUGCAAGUCAGGAUCGUGGAAGAGUUGUCUGUAAUGUCGAAUGCUCUCCAAGUGCAUCCCGCUCAUCUGAUCGCAAAGAAUUGGACAAUAUGGCUACAGAAUACUCAGAAUUCAUGAAUCGAGUAUUAAACGCUCCUCAUGGUGGUAUUGACUUAAAGGCAUUGCUGAUUGUGCCAAAGACUAGUUGCUGGGUCAUCUACAUUGACGUCCUGGUCUUGGAUAUGGGUGGCAAUUUACUCGAUACAAUCUUUCUGGCUACACGGGCUGCACUGCAAAACGCACGUAUGCCUAAAGUCAUGUUGGAACAGGUCGGUGGCCGAUACGAAUACGAUGUAUCGGAUGAAGAGACGGAAAUCGUUAAAGGAUGGGAAGAUAUACCAAUUGCUAUCACUUAUUGCAAGAUUGGAGAUCGAUUCGUAGUGGAUCCAACAAUCAUGGAAGAAAUAUGUACAGAAUCCAAAUUCAUUGUUGGUGUGAAUCGACAUGGAAGAUUAUGUGCUGUACAGAAAGGUGGUUUGGGAAGUAUAUCACCUAAUCUCAUGGUUUCAAUACUACAGAGUGCUCCAAAAGUAGGCCUUGGACUUUUAGGUGAUUUAGAACGAUGUCUCAAUGCGGAAUCACAACGCAUCAAUAACAAGCUUGACCCAAUUGGGUUUUUGGAAGAGCAUGGAUUCAUGCAAUAG